GUUUAAAGUAAUGUGAGGGACGCUGGCAGGACACUCGACUAUUGAACUUCCAAGCUGAAAACAACCGGAGGAACGAGGAAAACAGCCUGUUCAAGAAGUUUGAAAUGUUCGUGCAACUGAAGAUUUAAAACCCAGUAUGAAUGCUGGGCAAGUUUCAUUACAGCAGUGGACCUCGGACAGACAGCGACAGUAACUUCGAGUGUGUGGAUUAUUGUUACAGGAUCACUCGGAUUUCACUCAUGUGUUUACAGUGCAGAUUCGCGCACUGGACACUCACUUCAGUCAUGUAUGUGCCGCUGUGAUUUGGGAAGGAUGGACAAAGAGAAGACCUCAGUCACCCGCUGUGGAAGGAUGUGGAAACUUUGCUCAUCUACACGCCACCCGGCUCUUCUAGUUUGUAUAGUUUUGGAAAUAUUUAUUCACAGCGUCAAAGGUCUUAAUGUUUGUAUGAGCGGCAGCGCCACGUCUUGUGAAGAGUGUCUCCUCAUUCACCCGAGCUGCGCCUGGUGCGCGCAAGAGGACUUUGGACAGGCCAGAACACUUACCUCAAGAUGUGACUUUAGCCAGAACUUACAGAAGAGGGGAUGCGAUGCACCAUUUAUAGAGAACCCGAGGAGUGGCAGCUCUGUGCUCCAGAGCAAACCCUUGAGCUACAAAGGGUCAGGAGUGACCCAGUAUGAUGUCAUCCAGAUAUACCCACAGAAGAUCUCUCUCAGCUUAAGGCCUGGUGACCAGGCGUCUUUUGAAGUCCAAGUGCGCCCUGUGGAAGACUAUCCUGUUGAUUUGUACUACCUCAUGGACCUCUCGCUAUCCAUGAAGGACGAUCUGGACACGAUCCGCAACCUGGGCACCAAGCUGGCUGAAGAAAUGAGGAAGCUCACGAGUAACUUUCGUCUUGGGUUUGGUUCCUUUGUGGACAAGAACAUCUCACCCUUCUCCUACACUGCAUCCAAGUACCAGGACAACCCAUGCAAUGGAUAUAAAUUGUUCCCAAACUGCGUCCCAACAUUUGGCUUUCGUCACCUCUUGUCUCUUACGGACAAGGUUGAUCGUUUCAAUGAAGAAGUGCAGAAGCAGAUGGUUUCGAGAAACAGGGACGCGCCAGAGGGAGGGUUUGAUGCCAUUCUUCAGGCUGCAGUUUGCAGGGAGAAGAUUGGCUGGAGGAAGGAGGCCUAUCAUCUGCUGGUGUUUGCCACUGAUGACGUCCCUCACUUGGCUUUGGAUGGUAAACUCGGUGGACUGGUGCAUCCUCAUGACGGCCAGUGUCACCUGAAUGACAAGAAUGAGUACAGUGCUUCAACCAAGAUGGACUACCCUUCUCUAGCACUGCUUGGAGAAAAACUGGCUGAAAACAAUAUUUUCCUGAUCUUCGCCGUUAUAAAAAGACACUACGUUCUUUACAAGAACCUCACUGCGUUGAUCCCUGGGACUACAGUGGAAAUUUUGGACCAGGACUCCAAAAACAUCAUUCAACUAAUUGUGAACGCCUACAAUAACAUAAGGUCAAAAGUUGAGCUGAGCGUGUGGGAUCAUCCUGAAGAUCUCAGUCUGGCCUUCUCCGCUACCUGUCAAGAUGGACAGCCCCUGACCGGUCUCCGCAAGUGCGCCGACCUCAAAAUUGGUGACACUGUCUCCUUCAAUGUAACCGUAGACGCUCGAGGAUGUCCUCCGAAAGGCACCAGGAAGAGUUUCACCAUCAGGCCUGUUGGUUUUAAAGACCGUCUAGAGGUUUCUGUGGAUUACCGCUGUGAUUGCCGCUGCACGUAUCACACAAAGCCGAACAGCAGCCGCUGCAACUCUGCUGGCACUUACAACUGUGGGUUGUGCCGCUGUGAGCCUGGGUAUCUGGGAGCCCGCUGCGAGUGCCAGGAGGGUGAGGUGGACCACCAGCACCUCAGUGCCUGUCGAGAAGCAGAGGGCAAGCAGGUGUGCAGUGGUCGUGGAGAAUGCAGCUGUAACCAGUGCCUGUGCUAUGAGUCCGAGUUUGGCAAGAUCUACGGCACCUUCUGCGAAUGUGAUGACUUCUCCUGUGCCAGACACAAGGGCAUACUCUGCUCAGGUCAUGGAGAAUGCCACUGUGGUGAGUGUAAAUGCCAUGCCGGUUAUAUUGGAGACAACUGUAAUUGCUCGACGGAAACGGCUUCCUGUGUGUCGGAUGAUGGCAAGAUCUGUAGCGGCCGGGGCAGCUGUGUGUGCGGACGCUGCCAGUGCACUGAACCAGGGGCAUUUGGGGACACAUGUGAAAAAUGUCCCACCUGUCCAGAUGCAUGUGGAACAAAGAGGGAAUGCAUCGAGUGUCGUCUUUUUAACACAGGAAGACUGGCUGAUAAUCAGACCUGUCAGCGCAUGUGCAAGGACGAAAUCACCACAGUGGAAACCCUCAAAACUGACGAUCCCAACGCUGUUCAGUGUGUGUAUAAGACUGAGAAUGACUGCGUGAUGAAGUUUACAUACUCUGAACAUGCCAAUGGACAAUCAGUCCUCACCGCUCUUAAAGAGCCAGAAUGUGCCGUCGCACCAAAUGCUAUGACCGUGCUGCUGGCUGUGGUUGGCAGUAUCUUGUUGAUGGGCAUCGUGCUACUGGCUCUCUGGAAACUGGUCAUCACUGUUCAUGACCGCAGGGAGUUUGCACGCUUUCAAAGUGCACGUUCACGAGCGCGAUAUGAGAUGGCAUCUAAUCCAGUUUAUAAGCGGUCCGUACCAAUGGAGACGGAUUUCGAUAUGCAUGGUAUCAAGUCACUGAACGGAGGAGUCCACUGAUUAAACGCCAUUUGGACUGAGGGACAUGGCAGGACCUGUCCGGUGCACAUCUGCACUACAGUGGAGCACAGAGAUGGGAUGGAUUUUAUGGUCUGAUGCAAUGAAAACUUUUUGGUGGAUUAGUGGUUCAUGAGGAUUGGAGAUGACAGUAAUGAAAGUCAAUUUAUGAGCGGCAUUUGGACACAUGCUGAAUUUGAGAAAAGGAUUUUAAGGGCUUGCCCGCUUGACUUCAUGAGCGAUGGACAUUGACCCACUAUGGACCGCUUGCUUGAAUAUAAUUCGUCAUUGUCUUCAUUUCUAACCGUACCUCCCACACAUUAUGAUGGAUUUUGCAGUGCAUUCUUUUAUAGGCAAAAAGACAAGUGUAUAUUUUUUAACAUUGUGCCUUUCCAAGCCGUUACACUUUUUAUGGGAAUUAAAUAUAUUUACAUGUGACAUUGUACAGUAGACAUCAUAGAAAACAAACAAAUGCAAACUUUACAUCAGCUCUUUAAUGAAGAGAAGGGUACUAACAUGACCAGAGCAAUAACUGUCUUAACUCUUUUUUUGCACAUUGUGUAUUAGGUUGAGGUUUAUAAAGUAAAAAAGUCACUCUACAAUGAA